AUGGCGAAUCCACAUUCCGUCCAGGCCGAACCGAAGGAGCACCACUUCCACCAGCACGAUGCCAUCAAGUCGGGCAUAAAAGGCGCUUUGAUCGGCGGAGGUGCCGGUCUUAUUACCUCGGCCGUGCAGAAUUCCCUCGCGAAGCGCAACGUUGGUGUCUGGGGCGUCUUUAGCAGGACUGGUGGCACUGUUGCUAUGUUCACUGCCCUCGGUACUGUGUACACAUUCUCCAAAGAUGCUGCUGCCAAUUUAAGAGAGAAGGAUGACACACUAAACGUGACGAUCGCCUCUUUUCUCGGUGGUGCCACGAUCGGUCUUAAGACCGGUCGCAUGCCUCAAAUCCUCGGCUUUGGUGCUGCUUUCUCUAUCAUCAUGUCGGCUUUCGAAUAUACAGGUGGCAGCCUACGCGGCGGGUCCCGCGCCGAGGUCUCCAGUAUGGAUGAGUACGACCGCAAGGAGUACUUACGAAAGAACAGACGGCGGCCAAUUGAGGAGACCAUCUCUGAGAUUGGAGAAGGAAGAGGCAUCAACCCUCCAGGCUACGAGGAGCGCAGGCGACAGCGUCUAAAGGAGAAGUAUGGCGUUGAUAUCAACCCCGUUUCAGCAAACGCGUAA